AUGGAUGCCAUUGAGAAAUUGAUGUGUAUAUGGCUUCAUUAUUUGGAACAGGUCAAAGGACCUGAAAAGGUUUAUGUAAGGGAAAACGACUCUGAUGAUGAUCUUAUAGAUUUCUCGUUCCUGUAUUUUGCACCGGAGACCUUUAAACCAAGCUUAAACUUGUCUGAUUACCCAUUCCUUAACAUAUUAUGUGAUAAAAAUGAGCUAAGGAGGGCUCUUGAUGGAAUGGGAGAUGAUGAUAAGGAAGCUGAUGCUAAGGAGCCAGAGCAUGAUCAUAUUGAUGAUAAAAAUGAUUGUGAAGUGGGUGUAGAGUAUAGGGUUCAUGAUCCAGACAUCCAUUGGAAACAAAUGAAACCCGUAUUGAGAGAGUGUUGA